AAUGAGAUGCGCGCCAUCGCCAUUCCCCACGAAGAGUCUCCGAAUAUUCCCUCUUCCGCUUCCCACGCUCCCCCUUCUUCUUCUCCUCCUCAUCCCACCGCGAAAUUCUCGAGCGAUUCGAUCCAAUUGUCCUUCCUAGUUAUCCUCACGGGUUCGCGAUGAAGUUCGGUAAAAGCCUGAGCAACCAGAUCGAGGAGACGCUGCCGGAGUGGCGCGACAAGUUCCUGUCCUACAAGGACCUCAAGAAGCGGCUCAGGCUCAUCGCCGACGCUGGCGCCGUCGAGCGGCGGAGCAAGCGCCAGCGCGUCGAGAGCGGGGGCUCGCCGCCGCCGAUGACGCCGGAGGAGGCCGGAUUCGUCUGCCUCCUCGAGGCCGAGCUCGAGAAGUUCAACGCCUUCUUCAUGGGGAAGGAGGAGGACUACGUCAUCCGGCAGAAGGAGCUUCAGGGCCGUGUGGUUAGGGCGGCGGAGACGGGCUCCGCGGAGGAGCUGAUGCGCGUGGGGAAGGAGAUCGUCGAUUUCCACGGCGAGAUGGUGCUGCUCGUGAACUACAGCGCUCUCAACUACACCGGAUUGGUUAAAAUUCUCAAGAAAUAUGACAAGAGGACCGGUGCGCUGAUCCGCCUCCCUUUCAUCCAGAGGGUACUGCAGCAGCCCUUUUUCACCACUGACCUUCUUCACAAGCUUGUAAAGGAAUGUGAGGUGAUGUUGGACCAGCUCAUACCGGCAAACGGACCUUCUGUACCAAGGGAAGACCUUGAAGAAGAGAGUGACAGCGACGAGAAGCCUUCAGAGCCCAUCUCAUCUUUGGCCAAUAGCGGUGGAGUCCUGGAGCUGGACGAGAUCGAGGACAUGAGGGGCAUGUACAUGAGGAGCACGGUGGCCGCGCUCCGGGCGCUGAAAGAGAUCCGGAGUGGGAGCUCGACGGUGAGCGUGUUCUCCAUGCCUCCUCUGCACGGCAGCAAUGGGCAGGAGGAGCAGGAGAGGUGAAACGAGAUAUUUGGGAACGUUUCAUCAGGAACAGGAGAUUUGCUCUCUCCUCUGUCUCAUGUAACUCGGUUAUUGCUUAAUCUAUGGUUGGAGGAUGCUGUAAAUGAGGUGGAAAGAGGAUCAGUAUACAUCCAUAAACAGUGCAGUUUACUUUUGUUUGUGUUUAUGCGAGUAAUAUGAACAUCGUGUUUUUUUUA